UUGACCUUUAGGCAUUGCGUAGCCUCAGGUGGGUGGCUAUCGGCCACGACUACCAUCACUGGACGACGACACCUCGUCACCGAAGAGUACCCGGAUGCUGUACUAAGGCAGCACCAGCAAGAUCGGUCAACGGAAAUCGUUGAGUAUAUCAACAGUCAUUGGGACGACAACGUGUCCCGGCAGGACCCGACAGUGGUGCGGCUGACCGAUGGACUGCGAAGGGGUUUGAGAUCGAGUCUAGCCGAGGCGAUCACCUUAGUCGAGUCCCGCAACCCAACCAAAAAAGCGCAGGGUGAGUACAUCCUGGCCGAGCUGCUGCGCCUAGCGAAGAAGCGGAUCGACAAAUACGGACCCGGCUCAUUGAUCUUCCGUGUGGCAUUCACCGGACCUCCGGGAGUCGGGAAGUCGACAUUCAUCGAAACUUUCGGCAAGUUCCUGAUCGACGAACAUAAGAAGAAGGUGGCGGUGCUGACCAUCGACCCAUCGUCCGUCACCACCGGAGGCUCGAUCAUGGGAGAUGUCGCCAGAAUGCAGGAGCUGUCACGCGAUGACAACGCGUUCGUCCGUGCAUCUGCUACUCAUGGCACUCUGGGUGGCUUGACGAAAGGAACGCACGAGGCUGUGAUUUUGUGCGAAGGUGCCGGUUAUAACAUCGUCCUGGUCGAAACUGUUGGGGUUGGUCAGUCAGAAGCGGCUGCAGCUUCCGUAGUGGACAUGAUGGUACUGCUGUUGAGUCCUGCUCAGGGCGAUGAACUGCAAGGCAUAAAACGUGGCUUGAUGGAACUAGCGGAUCUUAUAAUCGUUACGAAAGCAGACGGCGAUCUGGAAAAGCAAGCACGACUCACGCAGACGGAAUACAUAUCUGCUUUGAAGUAUAUGCGAAGACGGUUCAGGGCCUGGGUGCCAAAGGUGUUGAGGGCGUCAUCAUUGAGUAAAGAAGGAUUGCCAGAGAUAUACGAAAAUAUGAUGGCUUUUCGGAACGCCAUAGCUGACAGUGGAGAACUGCUAAAUCAGCGGCAUAAACAGAUGACCGAGUGGAUGUGGGAGCAUGUGGAUAACGUUUUAAUGGAUUUGUUCAGAAGACAUCCGGAAAUUGUCAAAAAGGUGCCUGUAUUGUCUGAAGAUAUACGAAACGGGCGUCUAACGCCCGGUUUGGCCGCAGAAAUCAUGCUAAGAGAAUUUUUAAAGGUCUGA